AUGUCCUUCUUCAAUUUCCGUAAGAUCUUCAAGUUGGGGAGCGAGAAGAAGAAGAAGCAGUACGAACAUGUGAAGAGGGACCUAAACCCCGAGGAGUUUUGGGAAAUUAUAGGAGAAUUGGGCGACGGAGCCUUUGGGAAAGUGUACAAGGCCCAGAAUAAAGAGACCAAUGUUUUAGCUGCUGCAAAGGUGAUUGACACCAAAUCUGAAGAAGAACUUGAAGAUUACAUGGUUGAAAUUGAUAUAUUAGCAUCUUGUGAUCACCCCAAUAUAGUCAAGCUUCUAGAUGCCUUCUAUUAUGAGAACAAUCUUUGGAUCCUCAUUGAAUUUUGUGCAGGUGGAGCAGUGGAUGCUGUGAUGCUUGAGCUUGAGAGACCAUUAACUGAAUCCCAAAUACAAGUAGUUUGUAAGCAGACUUUAGAGGCAUUGAACUACUUACAUGAUAAUAAAAUCAUCCACAGAGAUCUAAAGGCUGGCAACAUUCUUUUUACCUUAGAUGGAGAUAUUAAGUUGGCGGAUUUUGGCGUAUCAGCUAAAAACACAAGGACAAUUCAAAGGAGAGAUUCCUUUAUUGGCACACCCUAUUGGAUGGCUCCUGAGGUAGUCAUGUGUGAAACAUCUAAGGAUAGACCCUAUGACUACAAAGCUGAUGUUUGGUCCCUGGGUAUCACUUUAAUAGAAAUGGCUGAGAUAGAACCACCUCAUCAUGAAUUAAAUCCAAUGCGAGUGCUGUUAAAAAUAGCAAAAUCUGAGCCCCCUACAUUAGCUCAGCCAUCAAAAUGGUCUUCAAAUUUUAAGGACUUUCUAAAGAAAUGCCUGGAAAAGAAUGUGGAUUCCAGGUGGACUACAACUCAGCUACUGCAGCAUCCUUUUGUGACUGUUGAUUCCAACAAACCAAUUCGAGAAUUGAUUGCAGAGGCAAAGGCUGAAGUAACAGAAGAAGUUGAAGAUGGCAAAGAGGAAGAUGAUGAUGAGGAAGCAGAAAAUUCUCUGCCAAUACCUGCAAGUAAGCGUGCCUCCUCUGACCUUAGUAUUGCCAGCUCUGAAGAAGAUAAGCUUUCACAAAAUGCUUGUAUUUUGGAAUCUGUCUCAGAGAAAACAGAACGUAAUACUUCUGAAGAUAAAUUUAACAGUAAAAUUCUUACUGAAAAACCCACCACUGAUGAACCUGAAAGAGCUGUGGUGGAUAUUAAUGAACAUGUUAAGGAUACUCAUUUAGAAGCUGGGGCUGAACUUCAUAAUAGAGCAGCGACAAUCGAGGAAAAUGGGAGAGAGAAGAAGAGACCCAAGCUUGAAAAUCUGCCUGACACAGAAGACCAUGAAACGGUGGACAUUAAUUCAGUCAAUGAAGAAAAAGAAAAUAACAUAAUAAUAACUUCCGAAACAAAUAUUGAACAGAAUCUGAAACCUGAGGAAGAAGGGGAUCAAGAAAAGCAACAGAUAUUUGAAAAUAAGUUCAUAAAAUCCGAAGAAAUUGAAGGUACUACUAUUCAAACAAUGGAUUUAGUUUCUCAAGAGACUGGAGAAAAAGAGGCAGAUAUUAAGGCAAUCGAAAAUGAAGUUGAGUUUACAAAGGAAGACACUCAAGAGAAAUUGGAAAAAGAUGACAAAGCUGAAAAAGGUGUCAGUGAUACAAGCAAAGUGAUAGGAACAAAAGAGGCAGAAGAUGUUGCUCAGAAGACAACUGAAAACAGUGCUGAGGAUGCUCAGAGUAAUGAUUGGAAAGGAAUAGGUGAAGUAGGCCAGAAAUUAGUGAUCGAGUCCACAGAGUGUCCUGAGGCUGGUGGUACUGAGGAAGUUUCUAUUAAGGAAAUAGUAGAAACUAACGAGGUAGAUCAAAAACCCGUAGAAGGUAAAGGUGAGGAACGAUUAAUCAGCAGUUCAGAGAACAUAGUGGAGACCGUUGAGGAACUUGGGACAAAUGAAGUUGAGACUACUGAAUCAAGUAACACUGAAGGAGUAGAGGUCAAAAGUGCAGUGACUGAUGCUGACCAAAAGGCUUUAGGAAGUGAAACUGGGGAUGCUCAUAAAGCCACUACUCAGAUGGAUACAGAGCAAAAAGAAAUUCCAUGCGAAGUGCCAAUUAAAACAGAACCUCAAGUUACUCCCGCUUCACAGCCCAGUGAACCUCAGCCUGUUCCAAUACCCAGUAUUAAUAUCAACCCUGAAGAUGCAGAAAAUAAAGGAGAAACAGGUGCUUUAUCAAAAACUGAAACCAUGUUACCAGAAUCUGAGAAUCAAAAGGAAAAUGAUACUGAUUCAGGCACUGGUUCCACUGCUGAUAAUAGCAGCAUUGACUUGAAUUUAUCCAUCUCUAGCUUCCUAAGCAAAACUAAAGACAGUGGAUCAAUAUCUUUACAAGAAACAAGAAGACAAAAGAAAACACUGAAGAAAACACGCAAAUUUGUUGUUGAUGGUGUAGAAGUGAGUGUAACAACAUCAAAGAUAGUUACAGAUAGUGAUUCCAAAACUGAAGAAUUGAGGUUUCUUAGACGUCAGGAACUUCGGGAAUUAAGAUUUCUUCAAAAAGAAGAGCAAAGAGCCCAACAGCAGCUCAAUGGCAAACUGCAGCAACAGCGAGAGCAGAUUUUCCGGCGUUUUGAGCAGGAGAUGAUGAGCAAAAAACGACAAUAUGACCAAGAAAUUGAGAAUCUAGAAAAACAGCAGAAACAGACUAUUGAACGUCUAGAACAAGAACACACAAAUCGCUUACGAGAUGAAGCCAAACGCAUUAAAGGUGAACAAGAAAAAGAAUUGUCCAAAUUUCAGAAUAUGUUAAAGAACCGAAAGAAGGAGGUUAUAAAUGAAGUGGAGAAAGCACCCAAAGAGUUGAGAAAAGAGCUCAUGAAACGCAGGAAAGAGGAGCUUGCACAAAGCCAGCAUGCUCAGGAACAAGAGUUUGUUCAGAAGCAACAGCAAGAAUUAGAUGGAUCUCUGAAAAAGAUCAUCCAACAGCAGAAGGCAGAGUUAGCCAACAUUGAAAGAGAGUGCCUGAAUAACAAACAACAGCUCAUGAGAGCUCGAGAAGCUGCGAUUUGGGAGCUUGAAGAACGACACUUACAAGAAAAACACCAGCUGCUCAAACAGCAACUUAAAGAUCAGUAUUUUAUGCAAAGACAUCAGCUACUUAAGCGCCAUGAGAAGGAAACAGAACAAAUGCAGCGUUACAAUCAACGACUUAUUGAGGAGUUGAAAAACAGACAGACUCAAGAAAGAGCAAGACUGCCUAAGAUUCAACGCAGUGAAGCCAAGACUCGAAUGGCCAUGUUUAAGAAGAGUUUGAGAAUUAACCCAACGGCAACACCAGAUCAGGAUCGUGACAAAAUUAAACAAUUUGCUUCUCAAGAAGAAAAGAGGCAGAAAAAUGAGAGAAUGGCUCAGCAUCAAAAACACGAAAAUCAAAUGCGGGAUCUUCAGUUGCAGUGUGAAGCCAAUGUCCGAGAACUGCAUCAAUUGCAGAAUGAAAAAUGCCACCUCUUGGUUGAGCAUGAGACCCAGAAACUAAAGGAGUUAGAUGAGGAACACAGCCAAGAAUUAAAGGAAUGGAGAGAGAAAUUGAGACCUAGGAAAAAGAUACUGGAAGAAGAGUUUGCUAGGAAACUACAGGAACAGGAAGUGUUCUUUAAAAUGACCGGGGAGUCUGAAUGCCUUAACCCAUCAACACAGAGCCGGAUUUCCAAAUUCUAUCCUAUUCCUAGCUUGCAUUCCACUGGAUCGUAACAAUGGGAAGCAUUUUGUGGUUGGGUUUGACUUUUUCAGUGUGUCAUUCUGUUCUCUUCAUCUUCUGCCAUAGUCUAUAUCGGAGAGCUCACGAAGACAAUCACCUGCCUCACCUUCUAGGUGUUUGUUUGUUUGUUUUAUUUGUUUAGCAAAGAAGAAGGGAAAGGCACUAAGACCGAUGCUGGGCCAUGUUGGCAAAGUAGCAUCUUGCAGUAAUUCCCUAAGGUGAUUUUUGUAUAUACUCUUAAAAAUUGUGUUGUUUAGAUACUGUUACCUGAAAAACUGGUAGAGAUAUAAUGUUUAAAGUUAUUUAAAAAAGAAACUGUUACGUCACUUAAGUAUUAGUAAAUAUCUUUUUUCCUGACUUAACUUCUCAAUGAUGCCUAAAGUCUAUAGUUGAGAUUCUCUACGCUGUAGAGAGUUGGAAUAAUCUUUUGGUGAGUCAGCUCUCAUGAAAAAACUGUGAGUUGCUCAAAAUAUGAUAUUGAUUAAUAAAUAAAUCUAUUAUCUUUAAAUGUUAGCAUCAAACUCUUUUAAAAGAGAAAAAUUAUAUCAAUAAUUUGUCUAAAAUAAUUACCUAUUUAGACAUGAGCUAAUAAUUAAGGGUGCUAAUUUUAUGAAAAUAGUGCCUAAAACACUAAAUUUCAGUUGAGUCUAAAAUAGCAUUUCCUGGGGAUAUGUGUAUAAAAACAGAUGAUUGAACUUGGUGUACCCCCCAGAAAAUAAUAAAUAAAUUAAAAAAAAUAAUCUAAAAAAAAUAAAAUAGCAUUUCCUUUUUUGAUUCAACAGGGACAAAACACCCUUAGUAUUAAGCAUUAUUGUGUAAAUCUUGCUCCUAUUACAUUUGAUAGAAAUUUUCAUUCUAAAGUAUAUGUUGUACAAAAUUGGAAAAAUGAAAAAAAUAAAAGGUAGCUUUUAGAUGUCCAAAUUGGAAAUGUAAAACUCACCGAAUUUAAAAAAUAUAGAUUUAGCUAUCUCAGCUUAUUCCUUAAAAUAACACAUGAGCUGGUUAAAUGACUUCUCCCAUCUUAGCAAAUUCUGUUUAAAACUCUGUCAGAGGCUGGCAGGCUCUGAGUUAUAUUUAUGAAUAUAUUUUUAUGAAAUUAAUCUUAAAAGAGGUUCAGAAUAGUUUUUAAGAAAGAAUUUAAAUAAAAUAUUUAGGCAAAUAUCAGAAAUGACGUAUUGUUGUUUUGAGAUCAAGUCAUUUAUAUUUUGGUUUUGUUUUGUUCCAUGUUUAAAUUAUUUACUUUGAUUUGAGUGGGAAAAGCCUGAAACCUUUAUCAUGUGGUUGCUGAUAUAUGUAAUUAUUAAUGAAAUGUUCACUCUAGUCCCUUUUGAGGGUUAGAAUUUCAAGCACGUGUCAGGUCAAACAGUAUUAUAAACCAUAUUUUGGGAUGUGAGACAGUACACUUGUAGAUGAAGCUUGCUGCCUGCCAUUUGCGGCCUGUUCUGUUGUGAGCACUAGGUACCAAAUUGUAGAAAUUUCAGUUUUUAGUUAUAUUACAUUUGAGGCUGGUGAAAAAUGCAAAUAAAACUUUGUGGGAACACUGAUUCAUGUUAAGAAAAUGUAAAUAUCUGUAGCACUUUCUUUCAGUGAAUUUGAAAACUUUGAAUGCUGAACCUUACUUUUGUCAGUGGUUUAGAUGAUUUAAAAAUGCAUGAGAUUUUAAUUUUGUAAUUGUUUUGACAAGCAUAAUUUACUUGGACAACUUUGUUAGGUAGCCUUAACUUCUGGCCAAGUUUGUUUUUUAUAUAAAUAUAUAUACAUAUAUAUAUUAUGUAUGGUUGUAAAUUCAUACACUUAUCACAUGAAUGUGUUACUGUAUACAAAACUCUUUUAAUGCUUUAUUCUCAAAUGCUGGGUUGAAAAAUGUUUUGAAAGCUUUUUAAAAUAUAUAUCUUUAUAAAGUAAUAUUCAGGAUGAUGGAAAUUGUUUAUAUUGUUAUGAUAGAAAUGACAGUAUAAUGUUACCCAGUGUAUUUAAUGAUUUAUUUGAAGAGGGAGAGAGGAAGGUUUUCAUACUGCUUUCUCCUUUGAAAUUUUCAGUUUAUUGGCUUUUUAAAAAUUAAUACUUCAGGCAGUGGACAUUUUUUGAUUAUCAUUUAAAUGAUAUCCUGUGUGCUGAAUAGUUUAUGGCACAUAAUUAAUUUGGUCUGAAUAUUUGGUUCUUUUUUAUUCCUUUCAACUUGACAUUCAGAGUUUUGAAUAAAGGAAAGAGGCUCAGAGUAGAACGAUUGACCCUCUGGUAAGUUUAUUAGCACCUCUUGCAUCUCCCAUAAAACUGCCCUUCGGAUUCCUUGUUCACGCUCGAGUUCUCUUUCAAAAAUGACCAGACCAUAUUCAUGUGGGAGCGGGACUACAGAAUGAUACAUAUGUAGAGGUAAAACCUUCAUUUUAAUACUUAGUUACAUAAAUCUUUUCAACAUGUGUUUGGUUAUAGACCAUGCCAUUUGUACCCAUCCCUGCCCACUUCUUGUUAGGCCCUGUAUUCUCAUAUAGAAUGAUGAUCUUUCUCUCCUGCGUGAAGUAUAGGUGGGGAGGUGGGAAGGGGCACAGACAUCUUUGAAAUCAAUAGUAGAAUCAAAUCCAUUCCUGAUUUGGUGGUUUUGUUGCUGUGGCAGAAUGUGCUAUGAAAUGCAUAAAAGAAAUUUUCCAUGUGUGCCCCCUAAUUACUCAGCCUCCCCUCCUUUCCCUGCGUGCUGUGGACACACGCCAGGCUGCCACACUUCUGCAGGUCUAGCUCAUGGAGCUCCUUGCACCAGGUUGCCUUUCCUAGUUCUGUCAAUCCAUGGUUGGGUGUGAAUUGCUGCAUUAGCUGCUAUACUAUAUGGAGUCACAGUUAAGCUUUUUCUUAGUGUUUUCCAUGAGGAAGCUGUAGGGUGGGUAAGGAGGAAAUUUGGAGUGCUUAUACCUUGCUGAAGAUGUUGGAACUUUCCUGUGAUGGGAUACAGCAAAUUGUAAUUAAAUAUAAACUAGAACCAGAGCUACCUCUAAGUAGUGUUUCCUCAAGCACAAAGCUCUCAGGCAUAUGAGACCCACUGUAACGGAGGGUCUCUGAUUUCUUGAGCAUCAGUGAGUUUCAGAAGCGACUGUCUUUUGUACUCUCCUAGUUUCCUUGUAACUACACACUUUUCCCCAUUCCACACUGUGCUUAAAUGACAAAGACUCUUCUGAGAAGCCAAAUUCUGUCAGAUGAUUAGCUAGAGAUAUUGUUGAUUAAAGGAAAAAGUAGAACUGAGGUGGAGGAGGCGAGCUCUUUAGUUCCACUUCUAAUAGGCUGCUGAUUGAAUAAAUCAGUUCUUUUCUGGAAAAUGAGCUUUUAUAGGAAAUGGGAUAUUUUAAAUGCUUUUCUUAAGUUGAAGACACACAACAAUUAAUGCCACUAUUGUCGCUAUCCUGUGGCUGACAUGGUUCUGAUAUAGCUUUAAAACUUCUGCUACUAAGCUUGGGGUAGAAUGUUUUACCAGUUUUAAAUGUUGGCUGUAGCUUUUUGUGAUCCUUCUCUGAUUUGCAGUGUAAUAACUUCACAAGCUAACUUUUCAGAAAGAAUUUUGUUUCAGAAAAUGCCUCUUGUCUGUUUGGGAGCAACAUGUCUUUUCAAUCAUGGGACUGAUAAAUGAAAAAUAAAGUUAUUUCUUAAUCUAC